AUGUCCCGUUGUCUACUGUUGGUCGUGGCACUUUCGAUCGCCAUCGAAGCAGCGGGGCCAAGUUGGGGUGCAUGGGGUCUAUGGAGUCUAGAGUGCGCAUCAUGCCCCGGAGCCGUUUCACGUGGUCGCACAAGAGUUUGCAUUCCUGGUGACGAUUUGAGCACGUGCAGCGGAUCCCGUAUUGAGUUGGAGCAUUGCCAGAAUUGCACUGGUCAAUGGAGUGAAUGGGUAGAUGGAGAAGAAUGUUCGGACACAUGUGGUCACUGUGGUAGAACUACUAGAACUCGCCAAUGCGUCAACGCUGCGGGAUGUCCAGCACCCACCUGCGAAGGAGCUGAUAAUGAACUGAGUCCUACUCCUUGCGAUAGCGGUGAGGUGUGCUUGUUCCCGAGAGUGGCGUGCUGUGAAGGAGUAAAGGUUAGAGGCAUUGUUUUAUAG